UUGCCGUUUUGGUGGCGCUCCAGGAUUGCCGGAGGGUGUUCGACGGUCUCGAGCCAUGAGUAGCGAUCCAGACACCGUGGAGGCUGGCAGGCGGGACCCUCGCGUGCGUGCCACUGGCAAGGGUCCACUGAUACUAGCCAAGCUGAUCUUAUCAUACCUCGAUAAGAAGAACCAGGGUUACGGGGGAGACUAUGGCGAGCUGGUGGAGAAGUUGAGUGGGCCGGAGAUGUCCGGUGGGGACAUGGGAAAAUGGCUCCAGGCCCUCAAACUGUGCGUCUCUCGUCUUGACGAGGACUGUGGACAGCUAGUAUCUGCCACACUGAGGUUUCCGUGGUUCACUCAGACAGAGUCACUGGUGGAAGUGUAUCUGGACUACCUUGCCAACCUUCUCUCAGCUCAGGUGUGUCAUAUGGAGGACACUCUAGCAGCACUCACUCAGGCUCUACUAGGGCCCACCACUCUGACCGCUGCCACCACCAGUACCACAUCGGGGGAAGUGGAUGAGGCGUGUUAUUCCAAUCUCCACAGAGGUCUGCAGACUCUCCUGGAGAUUGUGCCACGUGCCGCAGCUCAGCUUGUGUCGGCUCUCAACAAACACUACCCUUUCCGGACUCGAGGCCCCGAUAUUCAGGAGGUGGCGGUAAGGAACUGUCUCCAUGUCACUACCUACUGUCCCACUGUGACGGAAGAUAUCCUAUGUCUCCUCGUCAAGAAGAUGAUCAACAUUGAUGCUGAGAUAAGGCUGGACGAUGAAUUGUCGAUGGAGUUGGUCAUUGAUGAGGAGGGUGAACCCCAGUUCCACGUCGACAUGGAACAGGAACCACUGAUGAUGUUGCAAGGGGGCGGGGCACAUUCCACCAUAGGGGAAAGUUCUAGCACCCCUGGCAGUGAAACCACACCCACAGAGAAUGGUUGCCGUGGAGAUGAAGCCAUGCCUCCCCACUUGGGUCCGAGUUUAAGUAAACAUCGUGUGAUGCGGAAUGACUUGAGUGAAAGUCUUGACAUCCACAUGACUGUUCUACAGAACCACAUGAAAUCAGUUUGCUUCCACGAUGGCCAGCUUGUCACCGAAGAAGCUGUGGCUUUGCUGCAAACUCUUUUCAAGGUAUUCUCCAAUGUGAUUCUACCGACACACGCCAUUUCUCACGUUCAGUUUCUCAUCUUUUACUUGACCAGUUUCCACAAGGAGUUCCCUGGAGUUUUCCUUGACUUUCUGUGGAAAAAGGCAAGUUUAAUACGAAGUAGUUUGUCUGACCUGCAGUUUCAAGACCUGAGUAGCUCUGCAGUGUUGAGACAGACCGCCGCUACAUACAUGGCCAGUUACAUCGCCAGGUCAAAGUUCGUCUCCGUGGAAACAGCAAGGCUCUGCCUAGUUCACAUGAUGAACUGGUUACAUCAGUAUCUGGAUAUGUGUGAUCCGUCCACUCUCGGGCCGUAUGUAGCUCGACAUGGUCCGUUCUUCUCCCUCUGUCAGUCUGUCUUCUACAUCUUUGUCUUCAGGCACCAGAGCCUUGUGGAGAUGGAAAAUGGGCUGACUUUUCUGCGAAGUUUGAACUUUGAGAGGAUUAUAUCUUCAAAGUUGAAUCCACUUCAGGUCUGCCUUCCGAGUGUGGUGGGAAAGUUUUCAAAGCUGGCGAGUCGCCAUGAGCUCGUCUUCUGCUACACCAUUUUGGAGGCCAACAAGCGACUGUUGCUACUCCUGGCUGCCUCUCUUGGUACCCAGUCAGUGACUCCCACCACCAACUAUCUCGAUGCCUUCUUCCCUUUCGACCCAUACUUCCUCCACAGGUCUUCAGAGGUGAUCCAGCCAAUCUACCAAGAGUGGGAAGGAGUUGAUGAAGAGGAAGAUGAGGAGGAGGAGAGGGAAGGGGAGGGAGAGGAUGGUGACGGUGGAGAGGCUGGCUCGCUUCCAUCCUCCUCUUCUGCCUCCUUUCUGAGUGUCGGUCUCAGCUGCGAUGAUGCCACGCCCACUUAUUGUGGCUCCAUCAGUGAACCAAACCUCAAUAGUUUACAGUCUUUCAAAAUCUAGUUAGGUGUACUUAUGUAUUUUAGCAUGAAA